UAAUUUCCACUAUUCACAAAUAAGCCGAAUUUUAGAAAGCAUUUUUAAUCAUUAUGACUUUUUAAAAAAUAUUUUAAAGUUUACCUUAUUCUAAAUGACUGGUAUCACAAGGAUGUCAUGCGGUUUCCUGGACCUUUCAACACCCAUAUUCAAAUUGAAUGUUCAUUUAAUCACUCAACUUUACUCUCAAAUCUCCAUUUGUCAUUCACAAGAUUUUUUAUAAAUUCUAAAGAUUUUGUUAAAUUAUAUCUAUUUGUUAUGGAUAACUCAGACCAGGAAAGUACUGAAACAUUCAAACAAAACACACCACCGAAAUCAAGUGAAACACAAUCUACAGCUAAAAAUCUCAUGGCUCCGUUAUCUCACCUUUCAGGUGGAAAACAUUCAAAAGAAGAUCCAUUAGGUCUUGUUAUUGCAAAACGGAAACGAAAAGAGAUGGCUGACCCAUUGAUUGCUGAAGCUAUCCUGUCUGCAUCCAAACUGCCACCACCAACAGUACCAGAAACAUCAGACUUAGCAGAUGUUCCAGAAGAACUCUUACAAAUAUUGGCAUUAGCCAAGGAUUAUGAUAAAGACGAUUCAGCGAAUGUUGAGUUUUUUAAAAAUUAUUCUCUAAUUCAGCCUAAAAAAUCGCUUGUCACUCAACUGGAACAAGUAACAGAAGCAAAACGUGAUCGUCUUCGCAGAAUGCUAUCAUUAAAGAAGUAUUUUGUAACAAAAGAUUUAAUGGAGGAUAGUGAAGAAACACGUAGUUUAGUACAUAACACUGUGCAUACAGAUGAGGAUUGGUUUAUGGAAAGCUUUUUACAUAUACUGUGCAUUUUUCUCAUCAUUAUUACUUUACCAAUAUCCCUAAUAUUUUGUCUAAAGGUGGUUACACACUAUGAACGUGCGGUACUAUUUCGUCUGGGAAGACUUGUUUCAGCAACUGCUAAAGGACCAGGAUUAAUAUUUGUUUUACCCUGUUUAGAUCGUUAUCGUGUCUUGGAUUUACGUACAUUUACAUUUGAUGUGCCUACCCAAGAAGUUCUAACCAAGGAUUCAGUGACAGUUGUUGUAAAUGCUGUGGUUUAUUAUCGUGUAAGAGAUCCUGUACGCGCUGUUGUUAAUGUUGAGGAUGCUAACCGUGCAACUCGAGUUCUUGGACAAACUACAUUACUUAAUGUAUUAGGGACAGUAAAUUUGGACGAACUACUCACAGCCAGAGAGGACAUUGCUGCUUUGAUGCAGGAAUGUCUAGAUUCAGUUACAGAGGCAUGGGGUGUAAAAGUUGAAAGAGUUGAAAUCAAAGAUGUCCGCUUACCUAUUCAGCUUCAACGAGCAAUGGCAGCGGAAGCGGAAUCUGUCAGAGAGGCAACAGCUAAGGUUAUUGCAGCUGAAGGUGAAAUGCGUGCUUCCGGUGCUUUGAAAGCAGCAGCUGUAGAAAUAAAACAACAUCCAAUCGCUAUGCAGCUGCGUUAUUUACAAACAGUAAACAGCAUUUCUUCUGGAAAACAGUCAACUAUUGUAUUUCCAGUACCUUUAGAUUUGACAUCAUUGUUUCGGGCACAACAUGAUCAUGUUUUAUGCGCAGAUAUAUUUCAGAAUCCGUUUAAAAUACCCAGUAAAUUGCAUUAUAUAGGUCCAGAUGAAAUUGAUGAUGGUGAGGAUGAUGGCGAUGAUGAAGGUGAAGAGGAAGAGGAGGAAAGUGAUGACUAUGAAAAUACUCAAGAAAGAAAAGCAACUGAUUGUGUGCACAAACAAGGCAGUAAAAGGAGUAUAUUAUCAAAAUCACUUAAAUUAUCCCAUCAAAUGUCAAGUGAUGAAUUUAUGGAAUCAUUAUCACAAAUAGUCUAAAUCUUUAUUGAAUUCAGAUCAAUCAACUUCUGUUUCUGUUUUUUUUGUUUUGUUUUUGAACAAUAUGCCUUCAUUAUAUUAUUAGGGUGUCAUGCACGUUUGUAUAUAACCAAAGGUUUCUAAUAGAAUUACAGAUACCAGUUAAAAGAUAUAUAUAUAUAUGUAUAAGAUCACAUGGGUAAUGAAUAUUUUUAUGUUUUCAUGGGUAGUUGAAAUAGAAGUUACUUCUGCUCAGUGC